AUGGAUGCCACCGUGGAAACUGUCAGUGUGGAGUGUGGGGAGAUCAAAUUAAACCGUUUAGUUGACUCUGAGAUUGCAAAUCUUUUAAGGAAUGAAACUGCCUCAGCACCUGGCCGUAGUCAGGUUAUUCAAGAUACUAAGAAGAGGACCAAUCUGCUCCAGGACAACAGUUGGAUCAAGAAGUCGUCGAAUGAAGAUGUAGCGCAGUCAUGGACAACUAGUGAUGGCAAGUCUUCUACUUUAGUGACUAAAAGUGUUACUUCCAGAACCACUCCAGAUGGCAAGACUACUACUGUCACAACACAACAGAAUUCAUCAACUAAGACUUGGGGUUCCUCUCUAAAAGAUGAUCCAUAUGGGACUCGUUCUACCACCACAAAUAAAUUGGAAACAACCGAAGUCAAAAGGCUUUCAACCAGCCAAUCAGGUGUUCAAUCCACUGAUAAAACAGCGGAUUUGAAAGACCCAUCAUCAACAACAUUGAAAGCCAUUGAUGGCAAACCAACUAUUCUGCCUCCUAAGCCAAAAGCAAAUGAUGUGUCUAGCACUAAGGAGAAAGACAAUGGAACCCUGCUUGUUUCUUCAUCUACUAAAACCACUAAGACUGCUGUGACUAAUAUAGCAAGCAACCAGGAGAGCAUUAAAGACGGAACCCCGCUUGUUUCUUCAUCUACUAAAACCACUAAGACUGCUGUGACUAAUAUAGCAAGCAACCAGGAGAGCAUUAAAGACGGAAAACUGGUUCCUGUUCCAACUACUAAAACUGUAGUGCUUAUUGAUCAGUCUACAGCCCAGCAGAAAAGUGACAAGGGAGAACUGGAUAUUGCGAAAUCUGGUUCUUCAGUGCAAACACCUGUUUCCAACACUACAAUCACCAGUCCACUUGAUGACCUUUACAGCUCUCUUGUACCAGCUGCAAAAACAGCCUCCUACUCAAUUAACAGAAAAAGUGAACCCAGGACUGAAUACAGUUAUGAAUAUACUGAUGGAGCAAGCACCCGGAAACCAUCCAUUUCCAGUAGGAGGAGUGAAUCCAGCUAUGACAUUGAUUUCAGCCCUGCAGAGAACACAAAAACAACAUACAAGGACAACAGCAGCCCACGGUCUAAGUUGUAUGAAGACACUGUUUCAACCAAAACAACCAAAACAUUGUAUUCAUCUUCUGACAGCUACGGCUAUGAAUCCAGCCCAACAGUAUACACCAAAACAACCUACAAAGAAAACAGCAGCCCACAGACUAAUUUGUAUGAAGACACUGUUUCAUCAAAAUCAAUCAAGACAGUUUACUCAACCUCUGAUAGGUCUGUUAUUGAAAAAGACAUGUGUACUUACUGCCGCAAGCCCAUGUCCACAGAUGCUAAAAUGAUCCUGGAUGAAAUGCAAAUCUGCUGCCAUGCCUCCUGCUUUAAGUGUGAAGUAUGCAAUUGUUCUCUGGGACAACUGAAAGCUGGAGACAGCCUGUGGAUCUACAGGCGCACUGUGCACUGUGAGAACUGCUUCACCAAUACAAGGGAGAAGUGGCACCGCUAGGCUUAAAGCAAAAGAAGAAAUAUCAGGAUGCCAUGCACGCAGCCUCUGAACCAUUCAUGACAUACAUAACAAUGUUAAUAUAGUUUUAACAAUAUAUAGUAUUUGUAUUUGGGGACAAGAGAUAUAUGGUAUAUUUUUAAGUAGGUAAAAUGUACUUGUAAAACAUGUCACAGGUUAAGGGUAUUUCAUGAAGCUUUUUUAUGUACUCAAGGCAUCGUAGAUUUUAAAUGGUUAAUAGGUUAUUAUAACUAUUGUUUUAUAAUAUGCAAAUAUUACAAAGCAUAAUCAUUGAAAGAAAACAUAAUGGAGACCUAAUAAACAUAAAGACAUGACUGUCAUACUGUCACUACUUGUUUCUUGUACCGAAAUUUAAUAUAUAUAUUAUAUAUAUAUACGAUAUAUAUAUAUAUAUAUAUAUAUAUAUAUAUAUAUAAUAUAUAUAUAUAUAUAGAUAUAUAUAUAUAUUCAUUUUUCAUAUAAAGCUUAUAUAUAAUAAUCCAUGGGAAUAUUUGUUGGGGGUCUAAUAAUAAUAAUAAAAAAUGACAAAAUGACUUAACGCUGGCGAUAAAAAAAUAAAAAAAAACUAAAUUGUACCUUACAUCUGUAUUAAAAUAGUAUAUGUGCACAAA